GCUGCACCCAAAAUGAGCUUGAAUUAUUCCGAACUGUUGUAAACUGCUCUUUAAAUAAAUGCAUGUGACUGAGUCCCUGCAUGUUAGGAGUUUGAUCAUAUAACCAGAGUUCCCCAAAGUAACUUUGAUGUAUAUACAAUUUUUAUUUAAAGAUAAAUAAUAUGUGCUAAUAUGAAUACUACACAUGUUAUUAAAACAACAUUCAACUGUAAUUGCAGCAAAUGUAAACGUAGAGCAACAAAAGUUUUGUUCCAGGAAAGAAUGUUGUGUCAUUGACGUUACAUAGAAUGGCUGGCUACCUUUAUUGAGUAAGUUCCAAGGUAGACCUCUCCCAUCUGUCCUGUACUUGACAUCCUCCUGUUAGGAGACAGUUUUCUUUAUGAAUGUCUCAUACUUAUUGUUUGGUAAACUGAGACACUGACUUGUUUCUGGACUAUCUUCCCAAGAAGCAUGGUUUUCUUUUUGUCUCUUCUGUCCUUUUUUUUUUUUAGUGAGUAGGCACUUGGGUGUCAGGUAUUAAGCUCUUGUCUCUCUCAUCUGCAAACCCACCCAGUAGUACACCAAGCUUGGCAAUGCUGGGGCCAAUCAGGUUUCAGCUUCACCAGCAGCCCCCUGUUAGGGGGCGCCACAGAAAGAUUGGGAGCCUGCAUAGCCAGGACAAGAUUGCUCCUUCCUGUUUGUUUGUGGUACUUUCCAGGGGCUUCCUGUUGCCUCUCAGGGGCCAACACUUCUUCACCCCCGAAGAGGCAGUUCCCUCCCACGGCGGCUGGUCCAGUGCGCAGAGCCGCCAGCGCCUGCAGGGCCAGCUCCCCUGCGCUCCCCUGAGAGACGGCAGCACAGCUGGGCACUCCCUCAGAUUGUAGCAGAGCCAUGGAUCUGUUUGGAGACAUAGACGACAUUUCUUCAGAGAGUGAUGACGACAAUCAACUGCUUAUCCCAGGACAGCUUGCUGAUGUACACAGGUCGCCCCAGGGCCAGCGGGAGGAAGUGCCGAUUUCUGAAGCCAGGAUGGAAAUAGAAAUUCCCCAUUUCAACUCUGAUUUAGGAAAUGAAUUGUACUUUGUUAAGCUACCCAAAUUUCUCAGCAUAGAGCCCAAACCUUUUGAUCCUCAGUAUUAUGAAGAUGAAUUUGCAGAUGAGAAAGUGCUUGACGAGGAAGAAAGAACCAGGUUGAAAAUAAAGGUGGAAAAUACUAUCCGAUGGAGGGCACGCCGGGAUGCAGCAGGAAAUGAAAUUAAAGAAAGCAACGCUCGGAUCGUGAAGUGGUCAGAUGGGAGCCUGUCCCUGCACUUGGGCAGCGAGGUGUUCGAUGUCUACAAAGCCCCACUGCAGGGCAACCACACCCACCUGUUUGUUAGAGAAGAUACUGGCCUACAAGGACAAGCCAUCUUCAAAUACAAACUCACCUUUAGACCUCACUCUACAGACUAUGCCACACGUAAGAAGAUGACCCUGCCACUCGCUAAUAGAUACUCAAGGACACAGAAGAUUAGAAUCUUACCAAUAGCUGGUCUUGAUCCUGAAUGCCAGCGCACAGAGAAGAUUAAGAAAGAAGAAGAACGUUUGCGGGCUUCUACUCACCAGGGGACAAUCCCUCUUCCAGAGAAGCAGAAGCAGCUGGGGCCAAGGGUCCCUAACCAGCAGUCCAGCAGUGAUGAUGAUGACAACGAAGAUGAGGAGGAGGAGGAGGAGGUGGAAGAGGAGGAGGAAGAAAGUGACGAAGCCAGUACAAGCCAGUGCCUCGGGGGCCUCGGAGAGGAACGAGGCAGAAUCUGUUCAUCAGACAGUGACGUGGGAUCAGAGGAGGAAACAGCUCACGGAUUACUGAGAACAAAGCAACUCUCCAGUGAUGAGGAGGUGAACCCUCCAGAAACUGGAAAGCAGGGGGAGAAGAGAAAGAGGAUGUCAGAAGCAUGAAACAUGCACUCACUCACUGUCUGUCUUGUUUUGAACAGUUUGUUUUAAAAUAAUGAUGAAAUGACUUGUUUUGUUUGAAGUGAUGAAUUGAGUUGCUUUUGCAUAAUGCCAGUUGUGAAUAAAGAAUGUUCAGAAGCAAGUCUGUGACUUUA